UUCGCCCAUUGCUCUCUUCCAGCUUCCUCUCUCAUCACACAGCUUACAUUCCAUGAAGCAAUGAGCUUUGAUCCCGACGAGAUUCACACAUUCGGUUUUAGCGAUUCCUGAUUGAUCUCUUGCGGUGCUCAGGACUAACUACUGAUGAUGGAGACGAGGCCGAAUCCUCUGCUCGUGCGUGUGGCAACAGUGUUGAUCGUCUGCUGCGUCGCCUUCCGGAUCAGAGCUUCUGACAAUGCGAUAUUUUACGAGCCAUUUGAUGAGACUUUCGAGGGACGCUGGACGGCGUCCGAUAUUGAUGACUACCAAGGUGUAUGGAGACAUGCCAAAAGUGAAGGACAUGAUGAUUACGGACUUCUUGUCAGUGAGAAGGCUCGGAAAUAUGCAAUCGUGAAGGAGCUUGAUGAGAUAGUGAGCCUCAAGGACGGGACAGUCGUUCUGCAGUAUGAGGUGCGGCUCCAGAACGGACUAGAAUGUGGCGGUGCCUACCUGAAAUACCUUCGACCUCAGGACGCUGGAUGGAAAGCCAAAGAAUUUGAUAACGAGUCUCCUUACUCGAUUAUGUUUGGACCAGACAAAUGCGGGUUAACGAACAAGGUCCAUUUCAUUUUCAAGCACAAGAAUCCUAAGAGUGGGGAAUACGUCGAGCACCAUCUCAAGUACCCUCCUGCUGUGCCUUCCGACAAGUUCUCCCAUGUCUAUACAGCAAUACUGAGACCAGAUAACGAGCUUAGGAUAUUGGUAGAUGGGGAGGAAAAGAGUGCGGUAAAUUUCCUGUCGUCGGAAGACUUUGAGCCGCCUUUGAUGCCUGCGAAAACAAUUACCGACCCGGAUGAUAAGAAGCCUGAGGACUGGGAUGAACGAGAAAAGAUCCCAGACCCAGAUGCAGUGAAACCCGAUGAUUGGGACGAGGAUGCUCCUAUGCAAAUCGAGGAUGAGGAAGCUGUUAAGCCUGAAGGGUGGCUCAAUGAUGAGCCAGAAGAGAUUGAUGAUCCUGAUGCUACAAAGCCCGAGGAUUGGAAUGAUGAGGAAGAUGGUGGAUGGGAACCCCCCAAGAUCCCGAAUAUGAAGUGUCAGAUGGCUCCGGGAUGUGGCGAAUGGAAGAGGCCGAUGAAAAUCAACCCCGCUUACAAAGGAAAGUGGCAAGCUCCUCUAAUUGAUAAUCCAAAUUAUAAAGGCACCUGGAAGCCCCGAGAAAUCCCCAACCUCGACUAUUUUGAGCUCGACAGACCUGAUUUUGAGCCUAUAGCAGCCAUCGGUAUUGAGAUAUGGACAAUGCAGGAUGGGAUUUUGUUUGACAAUAUUGUGAUUGCCAGUGAUGAGAAGAAAGCAGAGUCAUAUCGCAAAACAGCGUGGAAAUCCAAGUUUGAGAAGGAAAAGAAGAAAGCUGAGGAAGAAGCUGCCGGUUUGGAUGCCCCCUCGGCCUUCCAAAAGAAAGUUUUCGACCUUCUCUACAAGGUAGCAGACAUUCCAUUCCUGAAGGCACACAAGCAGAAGAUAUUGGAUCUCCUCGAGAAGGCAGAAAAACAGCCGAUGAUCACUAUCGGGGUGCUUGCAUCUAUUGCUGUCGUGAUCUUGACGGUGUGCCUCAGCGUCCUCUUUGGGGGCAAGAAGCCUGAGGUCAACGUCCCAGAGAGGAGGACUGAAGCGGCUCCCCGUACUUCUGAUAAUAGAAGUGACCGUGGAGUGAAAGAAGAUGAUGCAGCAACCGGUCCUGCUCGGAGGCGGUCUACUAGAAGGGAAACUUGAGCAGCAAUGCUGCUAUAGGGACAUCUUUGGCUGCCUCUAAAGCUUCAGGGUCUCCAGUAGAGCAGAGAGAAGCUGGUGGAAGUUGAAUUUGUUCAUUCUUUUCGUAGUUCGGUUUUCUGCAUUUUCCUCGAACAUUCAUUAUUUAUUAUGCUCGGUUAGUUUUUUUGUAUUACUCGGUAGCUCAAAAUGCAAUUUUGGAAGAGAAGCAGGAUGUCUUGGUUACUUGUCAUGCUUGGUUAGUUUUUGCUGUUUUACUCGUUCUGUAAAGUCGGUCGAGCAUAGAUGUAUAAAAAUUCUAUUAGGCUCGCCUUUUGACACAA